AUGAUUGGUAAGAAGUCAUUCAACACUACAACAGGCGUCAUCACGGCUCCGCAUUUUCGACGUCAUCAUAAAGUUGUAAUGUCAACACAAGUAGCAAAUGAUUUCAAAGAAUCUGGGAAUAAAUUUUUUCAGCAGCGUCGAUAUGAAGAGGCCAUUAACGCAUACAAUCGUGCAAUCGUUCAUAAUCCAGUGAUACCGGCAUAUUUCACAAAUCGGGCUUUAUGUUAUAUGCAGUUAAUGCAAUGGGAACGUGCGGCGAAUGAUUGUCGUAAAGCAUUGGAACUUGAUCGGAAAAAUGUUAAGGCCAAUUUUUUUCUUGGUCGAAGUUGUAUCCAAUUAGGACAAUAUGAAGAGGCAAUCAAAGUGUUGACACGCGCAAAUGAUUUAGCAAUGUGUCAGAAACUUAAUUUUGGUGAUGAAAUUACUGCACAGUUGAGGCUGGCCAAACGUGAAAUAUUCCGUAAAGAUGAAGAGAAAAGGUUAUUUUCAAUAUCUAGAUUACAUGGCAAUACAACUGCUUUUGAAGCCAUAUGCGGUGCUGCCGUGUGUGAUUCUUUUCGACAGAAACAGAUAGAUGAGCCAGUUUUGUUCGCAACACUUAUGUUCGCAUAUCGAAGGUGCCCUCCGAGCCGAGUUGUUAAACUAAGAAGCGCUGACCUCUUCGGAUUUAUGUUAUCUUAUUGCAGGAUUAAACAGGAAAUAGAAUUGCAAACUUAUUUGAAUCGUUUGAUGGAUGAAGAUUUGCAACGCAAAUUACAAGAACUCAAAAUUAAGGAGGCAGCAAAAAAGAAGGAAAAUGACAUGGACUGCUCAGAGAAUAUAGAAAAUCAAGAGGAGCAGGGAGCGAAUGAUGAAGAUAUUGAACUGAAUGAAGAGGAGGAGAAGGCAAAGGACGCAGAAAAUGAAGAAGAAGAAGCAUUAAGAAUGGAGAAUUUAGUUAAUAAAAAGAAACUGAACGAACUGUUUGCUCAGGUAGAUGAAAGAAGACGCAAACGUGAAGUACCAGAUUAUUUAUGUGGUAAGAUAAGUUUCGAGAUGUUAAAGGAUCCGGUCAUAACGCCUAGUGGUAUAACAUAUGAUCGUAGUGAUAUAAAGGAACACUUGCAAAAAGUGGGUCAUUUUGAUCCGGUCACCAGGGCACCACUCACUUCCGAUCAGUUGAUACCGAAUUUAGCCAUGAAAGAGGUUCAUUUGUCUCAUUUAUUAUUCAAACAUUUAAUAAUUACUGCAUAA